AUGCAAAUUCAAUAAAAAAAAGCACAUACAUUACUUUAGACAGAAAGACACUUAUCGACAAAUGAGUUGAUUUCACCAAGAGGGGAAAUUUAAAAAUUACUAUCUAAGUCUCCUUUAUAGAAGGAUAAAUUAAAUGAAAACAGAAUUAGUAAAACUGCAUUACACGAUUCAAAAAAAUCUCGAAAUAUAGCUAUGGAUUUACAAAUGAAAAAAUUAAAUAUUUAAAGAAGAUUGGCUAAAUUAUUUAGAAAAGUUUAUUUGAUUACAAUAUUUCUAUCCAUAAAUCAAUAAUAUGAUAAAAAGAUAGUAAAUGUUAGAUUCAAUUAAAGAAAAUAUGACUACCUUAUUUAUCCAAACGAUAAUUUCAAAAAGUUUUGGGACAUUUUUAUGUUAUUCAUUUUGAUAUAUUCCUCUAUUUAUAUCCCAUAUGUAGUAGCUUUUGAGAAUAAUAGGAAAGCAUAUGAAGUAACUCAAUAUGUUUUUUCUGUUAUAUUUAGCACGGAUUUGAUAGUCUUAACUAGAAUGUGCUAUUACGAUAAACAUAACAAUUUAGUGUAAGAUUAAACCAAGAUUUUUUUAAAUUAUCUGAAAGGAUGGCUUAUGAUUGAUGUGAUAUCAAUAAUACCAAUACCAUUCUGCCAAUUAAUCAAAGUGAUAAGAAUUAAAAGAGUUUAAGAGAUUAUUAGUUCAUCAUCCUUAAAUUAAAAUAAACUAAUAGAAUUUUGGUUCAACUUUUUAGAUCUUUAAAAAGCUACUCUAUUUUAAAUCUUAUUUUUUAGUGUAAUUGGAUUUCAUUAUGCCACUUGUUUAUGGGCAAUAUCAAUUCAAUAUUCAUAACAACAUGUUCCAAAUUAUCUAGAAGCUGUGUAUUGGGCAAUGUAAACAUUAUCAACCACUGGGUAUGGGGAUUCGAUACCGACUACGCCCUUUGAAUAUUUAUGUGCAAUAAUUGGCACAUUUAGUGGUGGUAUAUUCAUGAGUUUAAUUAUUGGGAAUUCUAGACGAAUUUUAGAUGAUAUGGAUACUGAAAGUCAUUUUAAUAAAACUGCUAAUUUAUAUAAGACUCUGUUUAACUAAAUCAAUAUUUUUCCAGAAUACAAAGAUCGAAUUAACAGAUUUCUUCUUGUAAAUCAUAAAUAAAACUUGAGUUGGACUUUAAUUUAAGAAGAAUGGUUUAACCUUAUUCCUAGAGAUAUCUAGAAUAAAAUUUUGCUUUUUGUGGCAAGGAAAGAAUUAUUAAAAAUUUCUUUAUUUAGAAUUUCUAUACCUUUUUCUUUGAAAAUUAUACGUCACAUUAGUUUGAUGAAAGCAAAAGCAGGGGAAUUUAUUUGGCUAAAAGGAGACCCUGUUGAUGAGAUAUAUUUCCUGAUAGAAGGUUUAGUUUAAUAUAGAAAUUAGUUUGGAAAACCCUUAUUAUAGAUUAAAAAAGGUGUUAUAUUUGGAGAAUAGGAAUAUUUUCUAAAAAAAUAGGUAAUCCAAGUAUAAUAAUAACGAUAGCAUUAUGCUAUGGCAAUAUAAGAUUGUUAUUAUUUGAUCAUAAAUAAAUAGAACUUUUUUGUUAAUCUUAAGGAAUUUUAGGCACUAUAAUAAUAUUUAUCAAUUCUUGCAUUGCAUAGAUUGGAUUAAAUGAACAUUCAAUAUAAAUAAUAUGAAAUACAAGCUAAUAAAAUCAGACUGAAUUAACAAAAAUUAGAACUGAUCAAAUAAGCAAAUAGAAUAGAGAUAAGAAAUUGUUUUUUGGUACCAAACCAUGAUUAAAAUAUUAUCUAUGAAACUAGAUAAAGCAACACUGAGGGAAUUUUGGAUAAAUUGUUAAAUAAUAAAAAGUCUAAAAUCUUAAUGCUUAUGGAUAGAUUCAGAAAAGUAGUAUAAAUGAUCAUUUUUGCAAAUAGAACGUUCGAAAUGAAGCUAAAAAAAUAGAAGGCAAAAUAACUCAAGAGGAAAGUUAAACCUCAUUAAAUAGUACCAAUCGGUGUUCUUAUUAAAAUUAGAUAGAAAUUCAUACAUAUAUAAAAUGUAAAGAAAAUUGCCUUAGAAAAAAAAAAUGAAUUCAAUAAGAUAGUUUAAGCACUUUCACUAAGUAAGAUUUAGAACUAAGGCUGUUUUAGAAGAUUAAGUAGUUCGAAAAGCGAAUAAACUAAGUAUGGCAUUAUUUUGAAUCAUAACCCCCAUAAAUUAUUAAAUGAUUUUUUUUAAUAAAUGGGUGUGUUAGAAAACAGCUUAGCUUUGUCGUAAUGGUUAGUGAGAGAAAUAUAGAAAGAUAUAAAUAAUGAAUUGAUAGUCAUCAAUUAGGUGUUUGAAAACAAUGAUUUGAUAAGGAGUCAAUGAGUUACUUAUCUAUACUAAUGAUAAAAGCAACUUCUAUUAAAAAUUGU